ACGUGACUCCUACCUGCAUGCUACAUACUGUGCACGCAGACAUUUGACAAGUUUUCUAGCAGCAGGAGGGCAGGUUAUGGAAGGAAGUCUAAGCAUGCAUCAGUUCCUCAAGUCAUCAGUGGCAAAAGGCAACAGGCUGGAUCCUGGUUGGAGACUGUGAGUUUGUCUGGUACAAUCUCAUUGAUUCUCAUUAUCUAUCAUGUAUACACUUUUUUUCUUAUCCUCUUUAAAACAACAACCAAUAAGUCUCUUCAGUUGCCAGGACCUCAAUCUCUUGCUUAAACAACUAGUGCAUUCUAUAGAAAAUGAAUUGUCGACAACUACAUCAAUGUGUAUUGUUUAUUUUUAGGUUGUGGACUGUUGUUCAGUGAUAGCAAAAUCAUCUUCACUAUUUUCAUUACAUAUUAUAUUCUAAACCAUUAACCAAUUCAUAUUUUACUCUAUCAAUAGCUAACACCAAAAGGAAUUAUCAAAAUUCAACAGAUCAGCUGCAAAGCCUUUAUCUGAUCUUUAGAAAUGAAUAAGGCAGGAAUGGCAGGGUUGCUAGGCUACUUAGUCCCGAACAUAGGAACUUUUAUAGAAAGUUAAACAGUGGUAUAAUUUUUACAGUUGUAUUUAAUCGACAUGGCUUUAAGUGUGCAUCCCUGCAGCUGUAAUCAUAAUGCAAAUGUUGUGUUAUUUAGGGGGAGAUAUGUCUAUAUGAGAUAAAAGUGACCCCAACACUCGUGUCUAUCUUAGUGUUUAUUUUAGGGACGUCUAUUCGUAGAUCUUCUUCCCCGGUAGUAUCAAGUGACACUGUGCACUUUCACCCAGAGUGAGACUCCCAGGCCCGAGGCUUAUGGAAACUCAUCAAGUAUGGCUAUUAAGUUGGCUGCUUUAUAAACCUAGUCCUCCAUUGUACCGACGCACUGCUGUUAAGGAGCCGGGUUCUUCUCUGUACAGUUAUGCUGCUCACGUAAUCGUGCAAAAGGUAUACUUGAGCUAUGGUGCUUUUCCCCCCUGUGUAUCCAUUCUAUGUAUUUAAGAAUGCUAGAUUAAAGAACCUUUUAGGUUUUACAUUUUAGGUAUUAAAGUUUCAAAUUCCCAGGUUGAAAGGAACAGUUACUUUCAAUUCUUUGUUAAAAGAAAUAAAAUGAAAUUGAGUGGCAGGCUGUGCAGAGUUGUGUUGGCUCAAUUGUAACUCUGGGUAUGUUUACAGCAGUCCAGACAGGUGGGAGCAGCACAUUGAGAGCAGGAUGAUGCAAAACAGUUUAAGUGAAUUGUGUUCUUCCCUGAAGGCUACUAAGAAGCGAAAUAUCAUCCUCUCCUCCUGCCACCCUCCUGACUCUCCAUCAUCCCUCGUGUAUCUCUCAAUUCGUCUCUCAUCUGAUCUGCAUGUUUACUAGAUGGAGUGAUUUCUCUCUCCAUCUGGGGAGAUUAGCUGUCCAAGGCUGUCCUUCUGCAUGCAAUAUAUAAGGAUGACAGCCGAGUUGGACUUCCGCACACUUUUGCACUCCCCACUGUCAGUCUCUCCUCUGUGGAACAAAAAAAACCCUUUGUUGUAAGAUGUUCUGCGGUGACUGUUAUUACGAUUUGGAAGCAGUGUGUCAGGGCUCAGUUCACUCCAAUGACAGCGUGUCCGACUCCAGCCCUCCUGCACCUGGUGUUCCAACUCAGGUGGUUCAACCAGUGCAGUCAGCCCAACAGGUGGAGCAUGUGUACUCUGGCCAGGUGCAGUAUGUAGACGGAGGAGGAGACGUGACUUUCACUACGUCCUCAAUUCGAUCGAGCAACUACCCUUUCUCCGACUCGCCCAUCUACUCCCAGACCCCUCCCUCCUCCUCCUCCUACUACGAGACCACGCCCAGCACUGAGACAGACAUCACUGGCCCUGUGACCUCGCAGUCGGUUUCUGUGGCAACAGGGGGAGGUGCAGGCGCAGGGGGCUAUGUCAUUCAGGGAGGUUAUAUGUUAGGAGGAGGAGCAGCAAGUGGUGGAGGACAGACUUUCACCAGCCCAAACUCUCGUGCGCCCCCCGCCACCGUGCAGUGGCUGUGUGAUAACUAUGAGGGGGCGGAGGGCGUGAGUUUACCUCGCUGCACCCUCUACUACCACUACCUGCUGCACUGCCAGGAGCAGAAACUGGAACCCGUUAAUGCUGCAUCCUUUGGUAAACUCAUCAGGUCUGUCUUCAUGGGACUGCGGACACGGAGAUUGGGGACUAGAGGAAACUCAAAGUACCACUACUAUGGUCUGAGGAUCAAAUCUGGUUCCCCACUGCUCAGACUGAUGGAUGAACAACAGCACAUGGCGAUGAGGCAGCAGCCUUUCUCACAGAAAAACAGGAUCAAGCCACUUCAUAAGGCGCAGGGGAUCACCAAUGGGUCAGGUGGGCUGGGUCAGCAGGCGGCGGCCCUCGAUAUUUCGGCGCAGGUGCAACAGUAUCAGCAGUUUCUGGAGCCGUCGAGGCCGCUGCCAGACUUUGUGGACAUCGAUCCGCAAGAUGGCAUCCUGCCCGACGGGAUCCUUUUCGAACACCUCCACUCCUUUCAGACUCUCUACAGAGAGCACUGUGAGGCCAUACUGGACGUGAUGGUCAACCUUCAGUUCACUCUCGUGGAGACACUGUGGAAAUCCUUCUGGCGGUUCAGCCAGAGCAGUGACACGGAAUCACUCAACCUGCACAAUGAGUCCGAGAAGCGUCUGCCCAAAUCGUGCCUGGUGGUGCUGUGUAAGUAUGAGCCGGUGCUGCGCUGGACGAAAGAGUGCGACAACCUGCUCUACCAGACCCUGGUGGAGAUCCUCAUCUCGGAUGUCCUGAGACCCAUCCCUAGUGCCUUAACUCAGGCCAUUCGCAACUUUGCCAAGAGUCUGGAGAAUUGGUUGACAGGCGCCAUGAUGAACAUCCCGGAAGAGAUGGUCCGUAUCAAGGUGGUGUGUGUGGGCUCCUUUUCCCAGACGCUGCGCCGCUACACCAGCCUGAACCACCUGGCCCAGGCAGCCCGGGCUGUCCUGCAGAACACAGCCCAGAUCAGCCAGAUGCUCUCGGACCUCAACCGGGUCGACUUCACGAACGUGCAGGAGCAGGCAUCCUGGGUGUGUCAGUGUGAGGACCGUGUGGUACAGCAGCUGGAGCAGGACUUUAAAACGACCCUGCAGCAGCAGAACUCUCUCGAGCAGUGGGCAACCUGGCUGGAGGGCGUCGUCUCUGAGGCCCUCAAGCCCUACGAGCACAACUCGGCCGCCCUGCCCAAGGCAGCCAAGGUCUUCCUGCUCAACUGGUCCUUCUAUAGCUCCAUGGUAAUCCGGGACCUGACUCUGCGCAGCGCCGCCAGCUUCGGCUCCUUUCACCUGAUCCGCUUGCUGUACGAUGAGUACAUGUACUACCUGAUAGAACACAGGGUGGCGCAGGCUAAAGGAGUGACACCCAUCGCGGUCAUGGGAGAAUUUGCCAGCAUGGUCAAGAGCCGAAUCUCUCGGGACCUGGAGAAAGAAGAGGAAGAGGAUGACGAAGACGAUGAGAGCGAGGACGAGGGCGGCGAUCUUGUGCUGCAGUCCAGCUCUCUGAGUGCGAUGGACGACGAGAAGGAGCCGAUGGAACCGCCUGCCAAGAUGUCCAGGACGUCUUUCAGUCUGCACACUCUGACCGACAGCACACAACCGUAGCCGCUCAUUUGGAGGGUUAUCUCUCGCUCACACACACACACGCACACACACACACACGCGCGCGCUUGCUUUGAGUUUAGCAUCUUGCCAUCCCGUCACUGCGCGUACGGUUCGGGUUUCACAAAUAGCUGAUGUUUGGUGUGUGUUGUCGUCCGGUGGUUCUUUAAUCGUGAAAAUUUGAAUGAGCCCUUUGCCAAUGAUGUACUUUUGUACUGCCGCCAUUCUUCUCCUCUUUGCCUUCUCCUGGUGUUUUACUGCCCUUCCCUCGUUCGCUGUGCCUUCCCUGUUCUCGCAGUGGCCUGUUGAUGCGCCUCCUGUUCUGCAUCAACUAUAACGUGCAUUGUCUUGAUUCCCUCGUGCCCCGCCUUAACCACUGAGCUGAGUGCUGUGGUAAGUGUUCUUUGUUGUACUCUAAAAAGUCUCCCACCUUGCCUUUAAAGCGGUGACUAUGCAGGGAAGCUGGACUUUAAUGAACAGAAAUGUGUGAACAACACAUUUCUUUUAUCUCAGAGUAGCAUCUGGAAUGAUACUUCAUUAUGAAUUAUGUUGGGAGAUUGAUGUUGAUUAACAGCUGUGUGUGGUUGUCAUAUUUUAUUUCAUUCUUAUUAUAUGGCCAAUUAACUGAUACCUUGUGCCUUUGAGAGAUUUCUAGGUGGAAAAAGCUUGUAUUCUAUAUAUUCUGUAUCAGUGGAUUAAUAAAUGAAAGUCCUGUGAAGUCGACUUGUCAUGAAUAUUUAGCUGCAAAAAAACUAGAUUUUAUCUAGUUUAUGGUUAUUCAUGAAAUCAUCCUUUUAUCAGCUCAUCAUCCAUUUAUUUAAAAAUUGUUCUCUCUAUUUUACAAUCAACCAAGCACACAACAGACUGACGAAUACAAAUACCUAAUCGUAUAUGCGGUGCAAGUUGAAUGGGCCACAGGACGAGUCAAGGACAAAGAUAUCCCAGCCAUCAGCAGCCCUCACUACGCUGUAUCUACGGCAACAUCUGUACCAGCCAUAGCCAUCUACAGGUUUUGUAAAAGUAAAUAUGUACUUCUGAGGUGUUACUGUUUAACAUUUUGUAGAUAACCCCAUCUUAUGUACCUUUUGUGAACAUUG